CCACUACCUAUCACUCACUGUAAAAGCGAUCCCAACUUAAAUCUUACUAAAUUCCAAACAACAUUCUUUUUGCUUUUUGAUCUGUCGAUGUGAAAAGUCAGAUUGUCCUCAUUGAUCGAAGACAAAAGAGAACAAUGUCGACAAUUAAUCGUAGUGUUCGUACUGCAUCCAGAACUUUCCGAUUCCCAGCCCAAUCGCGAAACCUCAGAUUCCCAGUCUCAUUGAAAACUCGAGCAAACUUCGGAGCUUCAGCAAGAACACCAUCAUCCUUCAAACAAUUCUCCACCAUGUCUCCUUUACAAUCUGGGGCCCCGCCACCACCCCAAGCUCGAGAGUACGAUCCUGAGAUUAAGGACAUCGCCAGCUAUGUUCACAAUACCCCAGUUAACUCAGAUCUUGCCGUGAGCUUUAUACAAAAUAACAUUGUUUACCCUGCUAAUUAAUUUUGUCAGUUCGACACAGCUCGAUUUGUUUUCCUCGAUACUCUGGGAUGCGGUCUCGAAGGUUUACGAUUUAAAGAAUGUACAAAGUUAUUAGGUCCAAUUGUUGAAGGGACUAUCGUUCCCAAUGGCACAAAGGUUCCUGGUACUCCAUUUCAGCUCGACCCGGUCAAUGGUGCUUUCAAUAUCGGUGCUAUGAUUAGAUGGCUCGAUUAUAAUGAUUGCUGGUUGGCCGCAGAAUGGGGUCAUCCUUCCGACAACUUAGGAGCAAUUCUCGCGGUUGCAGACUGGAUCUCUCGAACAAACAGAGCUGGAGGAAAUCUCGGCAAUGGCAAGAUUAUAACUAUCAAAGAGGUUUUGGAAGCUAUGAUUAAGGCACAUGAGAUUCAAGGUUGUCUGGCGCUUUUGAACUCAUAUAACAAAGUCGGUUUGGACCAUGUUGUACUUGUCAAGGUUGCUAGUGCCGCUGUCGUUUCCAAAAUGUUAGGUUUGAGCGAGAAGCAAACUGCAGAUGCAGUUUCGCAAGCUUGGGUUGAUGGACAGAGUUUAAGGACAUACAGACAUUCUCCAAACACCAUGUCGAGAAAGUCAUGGGCUGCUGGUGAUGCUUGCCAGCGUGCCGUCAACUUGGUCUUGAAGGUUAUGAAGGGUGAGCCUGGGGUUCCUACUGUUUUGUCCGCUCCAGUAUGGGGCUUCUACGAUGUUCUCUUCAAGGGAAAUAAAUUCGAAUUUCAGCGACCAUAUGGUAGCUAUGUUAUGGAGAACGUUUUGUUCAAGGUUUCUUAUCCAGGUAUGUGUCAAAUUCCCAUGCUAGUAUCUCAUCUAAUCAUUUUCAGCCGAGUUCCACUCCCAAACCGCGAUUGAAGCCGCAAAGCGUAUUCGUCAACAGUUGGUAGACCAAGGAAAGUCUGCCGCUGAUAUUAAGGAGAUCACCUGUCGAACACACGAAGCUUGCAUUCGUAUCAUCGACAAACAAUUCAAGCCUAUGGAUAACUUUGCUGAUCGCGAUCAUUGCAUCCAAUAUAUGGCUGCAGUUAUGCUCGUUUUCGGCCGUCUUGAGGCCACAGACUAUACCGAUGGAGGGGAGGCUGCCACUUCUCCUUUGGUUGAAUCACUCCGACAAAAGAUUACCUGUGUCGAAGACCCACAAUUUACCAAGGAUUACCACAAUGAGAACAUGCGAACCAUUCCAAACGCAUUGACCGUCACAUUGAACGAUGGACAGGUUCUGGAAGAGAUUGUUGUAGAUGCGCCAUUGGGUCACAGAUUGAGAAGAGAAGAAGCCAAGCCAGAAAUUUUGGCCAAAUACAAGAGACAUUUGGGACCACAUUACAGUGAGGCUAAGGUCAAGGAGUUGGUUGACCUCGGUAAUGACGCCAAAAGACUUGAGGCAAUGGCAGUCGAUGAGUAUGUUGACUUGUAUGUGAGCAAAGACAGCAAGUUCGUUUAGAUAGGUGAAUUAGAUGAACUAGAUGAAUACAAGAAAUUUUGCUAGUGCAUUUAUUUCCAAACCAGAAUAACUACAUGC